AUGAGUUACUCUGCCGAUCUGUCAGCAGCCGCAAGGACAUUUUUCCAACCUUUCUCCCUAGAUAUCAAUACGGAUAAUCCCUGUUCGGGAUUGCUUCUUCUUAACAACGCUGACACGCUAUUGUAUAUUGACCCUCCCCCACAGAAAGCUUCCGUGUCCGCCUUACCGCGCUCCCCGGAAUGCAUUCCUCACCGUAUCUGUAGCCAGAAGCUUCUAGAUACUGGUUCUACUUACUUUAAGGAUCUCUUCCUACCAAGGGCUCAGGCUCGAACCAUCAGUCGCCGCGGACUUGAGGGAAAGCUCACGAAUGGAAUCAAAUACGUCAUUGAUCUCACCCCUCCUACAGUGGAGGAAGAUGCUGUCAUAUUUCUCACGGAACUGUCGUGCCCUUUGGGUAUUAGGAACUGGGCUCAAUCCUCUCCAGCAUGGUGUAGCUUGCCCUCUGCUCUCGUUGGUGGUCAAGACGAAGUAGAAUUGCCGGAAGGCAAGGUUGAAAGCCCUUCUGCUUCAGGUAACACUCGUUCAAAUGCUCCUGGAAGAAAACCAGGCCUCCCUUUGGAAUAUUCUGUGAUUCGACACCGACGUGGGAUUGAACACAUAAUAUAUGCUUUGGAAGGUUUCGCCCCCGAGCUCGAUACACCUUGCAAGUUCUGGACCUUUUUCGCGCUAGCUAGAGUAUUCGGAGUAGCUACGGCACCGAAAAUCAGGAGCCUCGUAUUAUCCUGGCUUUACGACCCAACGAACGUCCAACUUAUAGAACACCAUCCAGAGAUUGCGUACAAAAUUGGCUGUGGGAUUCAAUGCGACUAUCUUUGCCGUGACUCAUUCUCGGUUCUCGUCGGGGAGGAGGCUUUGUUUUUGUUAGCAUACUCAGAUAAACAACCUUUGCCAGGCAAGCCACAGUGGACCUUUCAUGGACGUCUCCGAGAGCCAUUGCUGGACGAUGACGAGCUCCAACGCAUUGAGUACGCAAGCAAAAGUUUUAUGGAGCACGUUAUAGAUCGGUUCCUCAGACUGGCCGGUUCUGAAAUGCAUUGGCUCCUCGAAUUGCCCACCUUCCAGGAACUACUCAAUUUUACUCCAGAGACUUAUAUGGAGAAUAUCUACAUGUUUGAGCUCAUCAGUACUUGCAAGGAGUAUGUCCGCGCGCAUAUUGUGCAAUGGGUGGAAAGAGGAAAUGGAAUUUGGCUACCGGUAACAGGAAGUAACAAGGAUAACAAUCCCUCAGCGCACUAUAAAUACGCUUACAGCUCAAUGCGCUACCCAGAGCGCAUUCUUUGUAGGACAUUCUGGAAAAACCUCAUGAACGAGCAGUUCACCGGGAGUGAGUUCCCAGAUAUUGACGAGUUUUUUUGGAACCCUUCCGUUGCCAGCUUGGGAGACUGGUUGCCCACUUUCAGGGCCCAUGAUAACGCGACAAUCAAGCGGGUCACACGUGAUAAUCUCUGCGAGAUAGUUUACAAAUUCAACUCUUUGGUGGGAGGGUCGAAGGAUGAAAAGCUCAACUACCACCCGCAUGCAGCGAGCCCUUGGGUUAUGGAGGAGAAUUAUGACCCGUCGACCUGGUUAUCUAAUUUAUUCGCACAGCGAAAAGGUCUAUUCGAUCUAGAUUCAUUCAUUUCAGAAGUGCGGUCAUACGUGACCAAGUAUGCAAGCGACAUGUUUGAUCUGGGUAGAGGCUCGAUCGAGAAGACCGAUACAGUUACUUGUCUCACCGAAAACGAAUUCAAAUACCUACCACUGUGGGCAGGAGGCAAUGACGAUGGGACUGGAGGUGUUUUUAUGGAUCAAGAUAUUCCCAUCUUAGAGACAGGGGGUUUCUCAACACCGGGUCCAGAGAUUCACCUAGGAAGCGCAGCGUCAACGGCCGGGUCAAUCUCUAUGAUCAGUACCCGAGACAUCGAGAGUACUGUCCAAGGCGCCUCACACAGAACCACGGAUGGGUAUGGAGUGGAUGCUAUGUCUAUACAAUCGAUAUCUAUCUGUUCCCAGAAAGACAAGGAUGGAGUUAAUGGUUACCAGGAGCCAACAUCAGUAGAAGGAUACGGAACAGCUGACGACAGUUCUUUUCUGUUGAAUUCAUCGGCUGACGAUGACGAAGAUGGCUCUUUUGAGUAUGACAGUGAUGGCAGUGACACAGUCGUCCUAGACACAUUGAGCCAGUCUAACGACCUAAGUGAUUUUGAGGAGUUGGAUUUAAGCGGUGAUAAUACUGUCACGCUGGAUUUCCGUCUGCGAAGAAAUAAUUGA